UGACCAGAACAGUAAUUUAUUUUCAUGAACACCUUCGCUCUAAUUGCUUUCCUCUUCCGAGUAGAGCUAAGUACAAACGAGUGGUCUAGGGCGACGGGUACUGUUUCUCUGCUAUUUCGCCAUGGAAAUUGCUCAAAAUACAAAGUGAAGGCAGACACAUAAAAUCGUAUCUAUAUCAUAUUUCGUUGGUAAUUUAAGAGGGCACAAAAGAUUAACCUUUCUUUAGUAUAAAAUUUCGAGAAGUUGAAGGAUAGUGAAAUGUGGACAAUCCCAUGAAAGGCAUAUCAUCCUUAGCUGCAUUAUCAGCGUCGCUCUCUUCUUUGAGAUUUAUUCGGUCUUCUGAUGGUUGUGGCCGCGACUAUACCUCUUCAAAAAUCGUGGCAAAGAAGAGCAAUAACAAAUCCAAGCAGCCACCUUCUCCUAAGGGUUCAGAGCCUCCGAGGAUUACGUCAAAUUUGAAACAAAAUUUGCAAUUCAUAAAAUUAGGGAAGGAGAUCGAAAAGAAAAGACAUAUAGUAAAUAAGGCUGCCACUCGUUAUCGUAAAAAAAAGGCAGAGAAGGAAGAACUUCCUGAAGAUACAGAGCUCUACAGUGAAGAACCAGCUCUCACACCUUACUAUAAUGCUUUUCCUAGCAUAAAUGAGGUUAUAAACACUGCUGCAAUUCCUGUCUUGCUUGUUGAUGGCUAUAAUGUGUGUGGCUUUUGGGCUAAGUUGAAGAAGCAUUUCUUGAAUGGAAAACUAGACAUUGCUCGCCAAAAACUAAUUGAUGAACUGGUCACAUUCAGCACAGUUAGAGAGCUAAAAGUGGUUGUUGUUUUUGAUGCCAUGAUGUCUGGGCUGCCUUUUCACAAGGAAACAUUUGCUGGUGUUGAUGUGGUGUACUCAACUGAAACAUGUGCCGAUGCAUGGAUUGAGAAAGAGGCUGCAGAUUUGAGGAGGGAUGGCUAUCCAGAAGUCUGGGUUGUAACGUCUGACCUAAAUCAACAAAUUGCAGCCUAUGGAGCAGGAGCUUUUGUUUGGAGUUGCAAAACAUUGGUAUCUGAGAUCAAAACUGCAGAGAAGGAGCUUGAGAGGAUGUUGCGAGAACAAAGAUCUACAUCCAUGCAAGGCAAAUUGCUGAAACACAAUCUUGAUCCGGAUGUCGUGACUGCUCUCAAGGAUCUUAGGGACAAGCUUUCUGAAAGUGAAUCGCGUAAAAAUUGUGGACUGAUCUCAACCGUUGAUAACGGCUGUAAAGCUAGGGAAUAUGGAACAAAGAAGUGACAUUUUGGUAAUUUCAAACUUUGAAGUGCAUUGGUCAACACUACAAAGUGCAAUAAUCAUUAAACAAAGUGCACCUAGUGAUAUAUGAAGUGUAUUCUUUGAGAGCAUAUUUACAUAUCAUCGGAUACACUUUGUAGUUGUGCACGAUGCACUUUUAAACUUUGAAAUAUUUACAAAAAUGUCCUCACGUUUUUUCUA